AUGGCACAGUCCAAGAAGGGAUCAUCAUCAUCAUCAUCAUCAGCAGCAGCAGCAGCAGGCAAAGGGUUCACUCGUCGCUGCGCAUCACUGGUGAAGGAGCAACGUGCCAGGAUCUACAUCCUGCGACGCUGCGCCACCAUGCUCCUUUGCUGGUACAUCCAUGGAGAUGAUUAA